GUCGACCUCUAUGUGUUUUUGUUCUACUACGUAUGAGUGAUUGCGGGCGCUAGACCGGAUGCUUCGUCCUCUCAGCUUUAUCAAUGUUUUAAGCUCUCGUUCUUCUCUACUCCGCCAAGCUCUAGCUUGUCAAUCAACGCCCAAGAGGAUUUGUCGCAUAGUUCGACUUCUCACUCGAACGAUGAGUACUGACACUUCAGCUAGCAUGCCUACUCCGCCAGUGGCAAAGAAGGUGAGCCACGAGAUGGAGCUUUUCGGCGACGUGAGAGUAGAUGACUACUAUUGGCUCCGAGACGACAGCCGAUCGGACCCUGAAAUUCUCGCUCACCUCCGGGAGGAAAAUGACUACACUGAUUGCGUCAUGUCUGGCACAAAAAAAUUGGAAGAUGAGAUAUAUGCUGAGAUAAGAGCAAGAAUCAAGGAAGAUGAUAUAUCAGCACCUAUACGACUAGGGUCUUAUUACUACUACGAAAGGACACAAAAAGGCAAGGAAUAUGUUCAACACUGUAGACGCCUUGCACCAAACCAGGAAGCAGCAUUAUCUGUUUAUGAUACCAUGCCAACGGGACCGGACGCCCCGCCAGAGCAUGUAAUCCUUGACGAGAAUGUUAAAGCUCAAGACUGUGAAUUUUACACUAUUGGUGCUUUUAAAGUUAGUCCUAACAAUAAGCUAGUGGCUUAUGCCGAAGACACAAAAGGAGAUGAGAUAUAUACUGUUCACAUUAUUGACAUUGAAUCUCGAGCACCAGUUGGAAAGCCUCUUGUUGGUUUGACAUCAGAACUUGAAUGGGCAGGUGAUGAGGCCAUAGUUUAUGUCACAAUGGAUGAAACUCUUCGGCCUGACAAGGCAUGGUUGCACAGGUUGGGAACAGACCAAGCUCAUGACACCUGCCUAUUUCAUGAAAAGGAUGAUAGGUUUUCAUUGGAUCUUCUGGAAUCUGAGAGCAAGAAAUAUCUAUUUAUAUCUCCCGGGAGUAAAACUACAAGAUUUGUUUUAUAUCUAGACGUUUCAAAACUUGGAGAUGGGUUAGUCCUUUUGACACCACGAGUAAGCGGAGUUGAAACAUAUGUUAGUCACCGGGGAAAUCAUUUUUUUAUCCAGAAAAGGAGUGAUGAAUGUUUUAACUCUGAAUUGCUAGCAUGCCCCGUGGAGGAUGUAUCAAAAACAACUGUCCUUCUUCCUCACCGGCCAAGCAUAAAGAUCCAAGACAUUCAACUUUUUUGCAAUCACAUUGCUGUUUAUGAGCGUGAAAAAGGUUUGCCCAAAAUAACUGUGUAUAACCUUCCUGCUGUUGGAGAGCCCUUUGAGAAACUUAAAGGUGGUCGAGCUGUUGAUUUUAUUGAUCCAAUAUACUCCGUAGAUCCAUCAAAGUCACAAUUUACAUCCAGCAUCCUAAGGUUUUCCUAUAGCUCCCUCAAAACUCCUCCUUCUGUAUAUGACUAUGACAUGGACACUGGAAUUUCUGUUUUGAAGAAGAUUGACACGGUAUUGGAAGGCUUUGAUUCAUCAAACUAUGUGACUGAACGGAAAUGGGCUACUGCUUCAGAUGGGGUUGAAAUACCUAUAUCAAUUGUUUAUAAUAAGAAUCUUGUGAAGCUUGAUGGUUCGGAUCCUCUUCUUCUUUAUGGUUAUGGUUCUUAUGAGGUUUGCAUUGAUCCAUAUUUCAAGGCAGCGAGACUUUCAUUGUUGGACAGAGGGUUCAUUUAUACAAUUGCUCAUAUUCGUGGGGGUGGUGAAAUGGGAAGGCCGUGGUAUGAAAAUGGGAAACUGCUGAAGAAGAGAAAUACUUUCAGAGAUUUCAUUUCCUGUGCAGAGUAUUUGAUUGGAAAGGGGUAUUGUACCAAAGAAAAGCUAUGCAUUAAUGGUAGAAGUGCAGGGGGGUUACUGAUUGGUGCUUCAGUGAAUAUGCGUCCUGAUUUAUUUAAGGCAGCUGUAGCUGAAGUUCCUUUUCUGGAUGUUUUAACCACGAUGCUUGACCCAACUAUUCCUCUUACAACUUCUGAGUGGGAGGAAUGGGGGGAUCCUCGUAAAGAAGAAUAUUAUUUCUACAUGAAGUCGUAUUCUCCUGUUGAUAAUGUAAAGGCACAAAACUACCCAGCAAUUCUUGUUACAACUGCUUUAAAUGAUACACGUGUUCUAUAUUCGGAACCAGCAAAGUUUGUAGCCAAGUUACGAGAUAAGAAGACUGAUGACAAUAUACUACUGUUCAGAUGUGAAUUCAGCGCUGGGCACUCUUCGAAAUCGGGAAGGUUUGAAAAGCUCAAGGAAGUUGCCUUUACAUAUGCUUUCAUAUUGAAGGCUUUAAACUGGAUGCCUUCAACAAUCGCCCAACCCAACUUAUAAAGUUGCAUUCAGUAAUCACGGAUACCUGUGCUCUUUGCCCACCAUAGUACCCCAAGAUGUAUCCCUUUUGGCUUUUACUGAGCCCCGUUCAAAUGAGUAUUGGAUAGGAAGUUGCAUUUUAUAUGGUCAAUCUUUGAGGGCAUCAUACUAUCAGAGAAACAGAGGCGAGAUGAUAGUUUUAUAGAUUAUUAGCUUAUUUAUCCUAAAUUCUCGUCAAAUUUACAAAUCUAUUAUAUUCUUUCACUUUUAUCAAACUUCAUAUUUUUCAUUGUUAAACUUAAAAGUAAAACUGAAAAUAAAUGAGAAUGUACACGAUUUAAAAGAUUAUGCUCUAAAAAAUGUUUCACACAUGUGGGCAAUUGAACAAGGAGUCAUAAGUUUGAUUCUGAUGGGAGCGUUUGAUAUUAGUCUGAAAUUACUAGAAGGGAAUAAUGUAAUAAUUGUGUACUAAUAAUAAUUGUAAAAAAGUCAAUUUCAAACAAUCAGUUAACACAUCAAAAUUUAAUACUCCUUCCGUUCUUUAUUAUCUGUCCUCUUAGGCUUUGGCACGGGUUUUAAGAGGAAAAUAAUAGGGGUAGUGUAAAUGUGUAAUAGGUGUAGUGGGUUGUGGGUAAAUGAAAAAGUAGGAAAGAGAAAGGGGUAAUGGUAAUAAAAGUGAGGGUAUAAAUGUAUUUUGAUUGAAAAACUUACCAAAAAAGGAAAGAGGGACAAAUAAUUAAAAACGUCUCAAAAAGGAAUACGAUACAGUUAAUAAAGAACGGAGGGAAUACUAUUACUACCUUUCGUUUUUAUUAUGGACUAUACUUGUCACCUAGGGAUGGACUAAAUCGGCCCGGCCCGGAACCGGACCGCUACUGUGCGGGCCCGGCCUGGACCGGGACCGGUUGGCCGGUUCCGGGCUUUUAGCCCGUUUGGGCGGGUCGGGCAGGCCAGGCUCAGGCCUAGUUUUGGGU